GGGGCGAGGGCGGGUCCGGAGGACCCGACGGGACGCUGGGGCCGAGGCCCGGAAGCCGACGGAGGCGGCCCGGGGUCCCCGCCGUCUGCCAGCCAUGGAGGAAGCGGACCGGCAGCUCCUGCGGCGGUCUCGGGUGCAGCUGGUCAGCGAGCUGCAGGUGGUCCCGCUCUGGGACGCUCUGCUGAACCGUGAGCUCUUCACCCCCGACAUGAUCGAGGACAUCCAGCGGGCAGGCUCUGGAUCUCGGCGGGAUCAGGCCAGGCAGCUGAUCAUAGACCUAGAGACUCGAGGGAGUCAGGCCCUUCCCUUGUUCAUCUCCUGCUUAGAGGACACAGGCCAGGACGUGCUGGCGUCAUUCCUGCGAACCAGUAGGCAGUCAGCAAAGCUGUUGAAGCCGACCCCAGGAAACCCUACCCCAGUGGUGCUCAGGCCAAAAACACCCAGUCCAGUGGACACUGGUUCUGGAGGAUUCAGUGAUGUCUGUGCUCCCAAGACACUGAAGGGAAAUGCAGAUUUGGCGUACGUCCUGAACGCGGACCCUUGUGGCCACUGCCUCAUCAUCAACAAUGUGAACUUCUGCCCAGACUCGGGGCACAGCACCCGCACCGGCUCCAACAUCGACUGUGAGAAGUUGCGGCGCCGCUUCUCCUUGCUGCAUUUUGCGGUGGAGGUGAAGUGCGACCUGACCGCCAAGAAAAUGGUCCUGGCUUUGGUGGAGCUGGCCCGGCGGGACCACAGCGCUCUGGACUGCUGCGUGGUGGUCAUCCUCUCCCACGGCUGUCAGGCCAGCCACCUCCAGUUCCCAGGGGCCGUCUACGGCACAGACGGAUGUCCUGUGUCCAUCGAGAGAAUCGUGAACAUCUUCAACGGGACUGGCUGCCCCAGCCUGGGAGGGAAGCCCAAGCUCUUUUUCAUCCAGGCCUGUGGCGGGGGGCAGAAAGAUCACGGGUUUGAGGUGGCCUCCACUUCCCUUGAAGACAGGGCCUCUGGCAGUAACCCGGAGACAGACGCCACCCCGUUCCAGGAGGGCUCUGGGACCAUUGACCAGCCGGAUGCCGUGUCGAGUUUGCCCACCCCCAGUGACAUCUUUGUGUCCUACUCCACCUUCCCAGGUUUUGUCUCCUGGAGGGAUCCCAAGAGCGGCUCCUGGUACGUGGAGACCCUGGACAGCAUCUUUGAGCAGUGGGCUCCCUCGGAGGACCUGCAGUCCCUGCUGCUCAGGGUUGCUAACGCUGUUUCGGAGAAAGGGAUUUACAAACAGAUGCCUGGUUGUUUUAAUUUCCUCCGGAAAAAACUUUUCUUUAAAACACAGUGAGGCCUGGACUCCUCACCCUGCCUUAUCUUGUGCUCCAGAACCUUCCUUCUCUAGGCCCGGUGGCGGCUGAGGCCUGGACUUCCCUACAACUCAGGGACAUGCAGCCUGUGCAGGGUCUGAUCUUUCCCUGUUGUGCCAGGCUCUUAGUAGCUUCCAGACUGGACACACACGCUGAGCCGUGGCGGAAGAGGGACAGAAGAAUGCCAUGGAUACCAAGUGGCCUCUUCACCAGUGGCUGGUCCUGGGCUAGUGACUGUGGCCUGUGAGCCCUGUGUCUUCUCUAGACGGGGCUUAACCCCCACACUAUGACGUGGGGGGCUAUCCUGUGUGUUGUAGGAUGUUUAGCGCCAUCCCUGGCCUCCACCCACUCCAUGCCAGCAGCACCUGUCCCCCAGUAGUGCCAACUAAAAAUAUCUUCAGACAUUGCCAGAUAUGCCCUGGAGGACAAAAGUGCCCCCACUCAGCAAACACUGAUCUGCAGAGAGUUUUGCUGAUCUCUCUUAGAUCAGCAAGCCGGGGGCUUCUAGAGUCUGAACAGCUGGAAUCUGUGAAUUCUAAAUGAAGUUUUAAAAGUUGUUAAUUUUUUCUGUAUUGCAUUAUUCUUAACAAAU